CAGUUACGAGAGAUAGUCGACUCGAGGCAGUCAAGCCGACACGAUGUUCUGGGCAGAUGCAAUUUACGUUGCAAUACUUGUAUCUUGUGUAUUUGCUGGUUCUUUGUAUAAAAAAGUCGAGGAUGUAUACGUGAAGCAAUGGAUCUCUACAAUUCUGGGUUUCAUUUUGGCUACAAUAGUUUCUGGAAGUCAUGUAAUUCAUCCUAUAAUCAGUACUGUGAUUAACGCGAUUAUUAUAACCAAGAUCUCGCCAAAGAAAUGUCAUCUGGCUAGCAUUUUCUUUUCAUUCUUCUAUCUACUUAUUAUAUUUCGAUUAGGAGAUUGCGUUGGUUUACCAACAUCACCAUCUCAUACAAACCUGGUGCUCAUGAUAUUAACAUUAAAAUUAUCUGGACUGGCUUUUGAAAUAAAUGUAGCUAGUAGUACACCACCCAAUGAUGCAGAAGGAGCAAAUUCUGAAGCUAUACAAAAUGUUGGAUUUGUGGAUGUAUUUCACUAUGGUUUUAGCUACAUGGGAAUCUUGACUGGCCCGUAUUAUCGAUACAGAACAUAUUGGGAUCAUCUGCACAGACCAUUUUCCAAAUAUGCGGAUCCAUGGCCCCUUACAUUAUACAAACUUAAGCAAACUGCAUGUUUUGUUGUAUUAUAUCUCGUGAUAAAUGAAUUAUACCCCACCAGAUACGUUUUAACAGAUGAAUUUGCCGAGCGGGCAUUUCUGUACAGAUACCUUUAUAUGUAUCCUGCCUUCCUUACUUUUAAACUAAGAAUGUACAUUGGUAUGGCCCUUGCCGAAUGUGCUUGCCAGAUGGCUGGACUUGGAGUGUAUCCUGUGGAAUCCAAACCUAUAAUAGGAUUAGGACCACGAGAUUACAAAAUCAUUGAAACUUUAUCUACUACACCCGAAAAAUUGAAAGAUGCAGAGUUUAACUUUGAUACCAUAUAUAAUAUGAACGUUUGGAAGCUAGAAAAGUGCCAUUCAACAAGAAUAGCUAUGAAAUCUUGGAAUGCUUGCAUUCAAUAUUGGAUGGGCGUUUACGUGUAUAAAAGGUUUCCAUAUAAAAGUUUACGAACUCUUGCCACUUUUACACUUUCUGCAGCCUGGCAUGGUUGGUCAGCUGGUUACUAUAUUUGUAUUUGUCAAAUUCCUAUGUUUUUAAUGAGCGAAGAUAUAGGCAUUAAAUUUUAUCAGCAGAGUGAAGAAAAUAGUUUGGCCAAGAAAGGAUGGCAGUUACUUUUAUGGUAUGAGAAAACAACCUGCAUGGCAUAUUUAGGAAUACCAUUCCUAUUGCUAGAUUUUGGAGAGUCACUACAUUAUUAUAAAAGCGUAUAUUUUUCUGGACAUAUCCUAGCAAUCGCACUAUACGUAAUUUUUCGCUUUUUGAAACCCCGUAUUAUAAAAACCCAUAGAGAAUAAGGAUGAAGAUAAUAGUCUGCUACGCUAGUAUUUAAUGCUGCAUGCACAUAUUUUCGAGUAAAUGAAUCACUUUGUCUCUCAAAAUAGUUUAGGUAUUUUUUUUAAGUACUGAAUUUUUACAAAUUAUAGUUAUAUUUACCAACAUUAUGUCAGCAAUACCGUUAAGCUGUUACGAAAUGUAUGUAUACUUACAUACAUACUUUACACCAUGAUUGAGCUAGUCAGUUAGUGUAAUAAUGAAAAUAUUCUUCUGACGUGUUACUUCCAUAGAUUCUACUUAAAGAAUGAAAAUAAAAUGCUCUCUGAUGUUAAGAGGGUUUUUAUUCUUCCAUUUGUAAUAACGAGUAAGUCAGAAAUAAUAAAAAUUCCAUUUGUUUAGUA